CACACUCACACUGACGCGGUGAUCUCCCCGGAUCAAAUCAGGGCGAGAAAGGAACAGCGCCAUGGCCGUUGCAGAGAUCGAGGUCGAGCAAUGGCGUCUCAGCCCUCUCGCCUUCCUCCUCCUCUUCGUCCUGCUUCAUCUCCCUCAUCUCCCCGCCACCCCCUUCCUCCGCUUCCAGCGCCGGUUCCUCUUCCUCUACUCUCUCUCCUCAGUGAUGCAAGGGCUUGAGCCGGUGUUGGGAGAAGAGGAGUUUGUGAACUAUGGGAUCGGGAGGGAGGAGAUGGUGAUGUAUCUCGCCGCCGGCGCGGCGGCCGCGCUGUUUCUUGGAUCGGUAUCGGGAAUGGUCUCCGACAUCGUAGGUCCAAGAAAGGCUUGUCUGCUCUUUUGCGUCCUUCAUCUUCUCAUGGGCAUCAUGAAGAGCCUGAGCAAUCAUCCAAGCAUAUGGAUAACAAGUAUUUGUCCGGCUGUUGCGUCUUCUAUGUUCUUAUUUUGCUUUGAGACAUGGAUGGUAAACGAGCAUGAAAAGCAAGGUCACAGGCAAGACUUGUUGAAUGAAACCUUUUGGCUUAUGACCUUUUUCGAGUCUGUGUCUUUAAUUGGAAGUCAAGGGAUUGCAAAUUUUCUAGUCAAGGAUCUUCAUAAAGCAUUUGUGUCCCCUUCUGCCUCAACUGCCAUAUUUGCAACGAUGAUCAUUCUCUAUAUCAUGAAAGAAUGGAAAGGAGAUCAGAAGAAAUCUGCUGUUGUAAACUAUAGGAAGUCUUUUGUUGGACAUAUUCUGAAAGACAAGAGGACAUGGCUAUUAGCAUGGGCUCAAACAAGCAUCUAUUUUUCCAUGUCAGUCUUCUGGCUUCUCUGGUCACCGACAAUUGUAGGUGAUGGGAGGGUUGUGAGUUUGUCUCUUAUAUACCCAUGUUUCCUUGGUUCAAAAAUGUUUGGAAGCACUAUCUUCCCAUGGUUCUUUGGCCGGGCUUCAUCGCUCUACAUCGAAGACUGCCUGAUAUAUACAUUCAUUGUUGCCGCUCUGUCCUUGCUUGUAGUUGCUUAUGAUUAUCAGGAGAUUGGAUUACUGGUGGUACUUUUCUGCAUCUUUCAUGCUUGUGUGGGCUUUAUUUUACCUUCACUAGCCAGAUUGAGGACAAUUUACGUUCCGAAUGAGAUGCGUGGAGGAAUGAUAAGCUUAUCAUUAGCACCGGCCAAUGCAGCAAUUUGGUUCAUUCUUAUCCAGCGUGGCUAUUAUCACAACUUUGAGAAUGCUGGAAUCUUUACUCUGGCUGUGCUUGGAUUGGUAAGUGCAGCCUGUUGCAUUUAUGUACUCAGACGGUGGACAAAGCAGCCUCGUCAAAGUUGGCACAAACGUUAGUUGAAUAUAGUGAUAUACAAAGCAGCAAAAGUAUUCAGGGCAGGAGUUUUAACGCCAUCACAAAGAAAGGCCCUGGAUUGGAUUCAAUUUGGCCGUGUUGAAAUCUUCUAUUUUUGCAUGAUCCCUUGAGCUAAUCCGUAUGAAAAGAGAGCUCCUGCUUAUUCAUGUGAAAAGAGAAAUGAUCGUGAUAUUGAAAAGUUUUGAUCUUGUAAUUCAAAAUUCAUUCCACUUGUUUCUUAUAAGCAAUUUCCAUGGACCAUUAACCACACUGAUUCAUGAUUUUUUUACGCGAUAUUGCAAGUUUACUUUCAUGCGCAGGAUCUGUAUAAAUCUCUAAUGAGAUUGUACUUGAUAAUUGCGAACACCUUCUUUUUCUUUUUUCUAAUAAUAAAACCACACUUUUUUUAA